AUAGAUUUAUAUACUUAUUAUUAGUAUAUAAAGUAUCAGUAAAUGAAUACAGAAUAUUAUGACCAUAGUUUCUUCAAUUAUGUUUAAAACUAUACUUCUUUUUAUGUUAUCAAGCUACUUGGUUUUCUGCGAAGAUGUACUUACUCCUGAUGAUGAAGGAUCGACGCAACUCGAUAACUUUUUGGACCUAUUGGAAAACCUUAGUGGUUUAUCUACACUAACGCCAGAACGCACUGUCACAGUUUGUGGUAAAAAUUGUAUUGUCAAUCCUAAAGGGAAUGCAGUUUGGGAAGUAAGGGAACAGAUGUAUACCACAUAUCUGAAACAAAAUGCUACCAAUCCAGAAGUUUCAAUAGACGGUUGUCUUGCCAGCCAUCCAAGUGACAAUGCAACUUUCAACGAUUGCAUGAGUCAAGUUCGAGACUCCAUGAUAAAAGAUUUUAAUUCUGCUUUCGAUACAAAUUUCAUAAGUAUUUUAGAAAAAGAUGGAUGCGAAAACUUUAAUGAUAUCCUUAACUGUUAUUAUAUCAAGUUAAUGAAAUAUGCAGUAAUUAAGCUUAUUAAAUCGGGAUAUAGAAAAUUUCCGAUAAUCAGAUUUGCUAUUAGUGCUUUUUCAAUAAUUAAGAUACAUUAA